GCCCCGCCCGCCCCGCGCGCGCCGCCGCCGCUGCCGUGUCCCCGCGCCUCCAAGAUGCCCGGGCAGCGGCAGGGAGGCUCCCGCGGGCCGCCGGUUCCUGACCACCUUCCCUGGUUUUUGAUGCUGAAUCAGGAUCGUGUUAACUAAAGAUGGAAACACUGGAGUCGGAAUUGACCUGCCCAAUCUGUCUGGAGUUAUUCGAGGACCCCCUCCUGCUGCCCUGUGCCCACAGCCUCUGCUUCAGCUGUGCCCACCGCAUUCUGGUGUCCAGCUGCUCCUCCAGCGAGUCCAUUGAGCCCAUCACUGCCUUCCAGUGCCCGACCUGCCGCUAUGUCAUCUCCCUCAACCACCGGGGCCUGGAGGGCCUCAAGAGGAAUGUGACCCUGCAGAACAUCAUCGACCGCUUCCAGAAGGCGUCCCUGAGCGGCCCCAACUCCCCCAGCGAGAGCCGCCGUGAGAGGACCUAUCGCAACAGCCCUACCAUGUCCGUGGCCGGCGAGAGGAUUGCCUGCCAGUUCUGCGAGCAGGAUCCGCCCCGUGACGCCGUCAAGACCUGCAUCACCUGCGAGGUGUCCUACUGUGACCGCUGCCUGCGUGCCACCCACCCCAACAAGAAGCCCUUCACCAGCCACCGGCUGGUGGAGCCCGUGCCCGACGCGCACUUCCGUGGACUGACGUGCCUGGAGCACGAGAAUGAGAAGGUGAACAUGUACUGUGUCGCUGAUGACCAGCUCAUCUGUGCCUUAUGUAAACUGGUGGGCCGCCACCGGGACCACCAAGUGGCAUCGCUCAGCGAUCGCUUUGAGAAGCUGAAGCAAACCCUGGAGACAAAUCUCACCAACCUGGUUAAACGCAACAGUGAACUGGAAAACCAGAUGGCCAAGCUGAUACAGAUCUGCCAGCAAGUGGAGGUGAACACAGCCAUGCACGAGGCCAAGCUGAUGGAGGAGUGUGAUGAGCUGAUGGAGAUCAUCCGCCAGCGCAAGCAGGUCAUCGCCGUCAAGAUCAAGGAGACAAAGGUGAUGAAGCUGAGGAAGCUGGCCCAGCAGGUUGCCAACUGCCGGCAGUGCCUGGAGCGCUCCACAGUCCUCAUCAACCAGGCCGAGCACAUCCUGAAGGAGAACGACCACGCUCGGUUCCUGCAGACUGCCAGGAACGUGGCCGAGAGGGUCGCCAUGGCAACUGCAUCCUCUCAAGUCCUGAUACCAGAUAUCAAUUUUAAUGAUGCCUUUGAAAACUUUGCUUUAGAUUUUUCCAGAGAGAAGAAGUUGCUGGAGGGGCUGGAUUAUCUAACAGCACCGAACCCCCCGUCAGUCCGUGAGGAGCUCUGCACAGCCUCCCACGACACCAUCACCGUGCACUGGAUGUCAGAGGACGAGUUCAGCGUCAGCUCCUAUGAGCUCCAGUACACCAUCUUCACUGGCCAGGCCAACUUCAUCAGUCUCUACAACUCCAUGGACAGCUGGAUGAUCGUCCCCAACAUCAAGCAGAACCACUACACAGUGCAUGGGCUGCAGAGUGGCACCCGCUAUAUCUUCCUGGUGAAGGCUAUCAACCAGGCAGGCAGCAGGAACAGUGAGCCUGCCCGCCUCAAGACCAACAGUCAGCCAUUCAAGCUGGACCCCAAGAUGGCUCACAAGAAGCUGAAGAUCUCCAAUGACGGGCUGCAGAUGGAAAAGGACGAGAGCUCCUUGAAGAAGAGCCACACACCAGAGCGGUUCAGCGGGACAGGCUGCUACGGCGCGGCCGGCAAUGUCUUCAUUGACAGCGGCUGCCACUACUGGGAGGUUGUGGUGGGAUCCUCCACCUGGUAUGCCAUCGGCGUGGCUUACAAGUCAGCCCCCAAAAAUGAGUGGAUUGGGAAGAACUCCUCUUCUUGGGUCUUCUCCCGCUGCAACAACAACUUCGUGGUGCGGCACAACAACAAGGAGAUGCUGGUGGAGGUGCACCCGCAGAUGAAGCGCCUCGGUGUCCUCCUGGACUACGACAACAACGCGCUCUCCUUCUAUGACCCGGCCAGCUCUCUCCACCUCCACACCUUCGAAGUCUCCUUCAUCCUGCCAGUGUGUCCCACCUUCACCAUCUGGAACAAAUCCCUGAUGAUCCUCUCGGGGCUGCCUGCCCCAGAUUUCAUCGAUUACCCUGAGCAGCAGGAAUGUAACUGCCGGCCCCAGGAGUCCCCAUACGUGUCAGGAAUGAAAGCCUGUCACUAGGCUGCCCAGGCCUGGCCAUGCCGAUGGGUGCAGGUGGCCAGAGCUGCCCACUGGCAGCCAUGCCAGAGAGCCACUGUGGCACCUGAGCAGUUGAGCACCAUCCACACCCAGCUCCAUCUUACUUUAAUGGAAAAAGUGGAAGAACCUCGAACCACAGCUGGAAAUGAACUGCUGUUGGUGAGCUCCAGGGUGUGCGAGAGUGGCUGGAGCAGCUCUUUGGUGGUUGCUCCCAUCUCUCCCCAAGAAGAUUGUCACCUGGAUGGUUCUGUCUUCCUUUGGGGGGCUGGAAAGGCCAGGGCAGGUUUCAGGGUGACCUGAGGUGCCAUGGUGGUCAGGGAAUGGCUUGCGCGUACCACGAGGCGCAGGUUGGGACAGGAGGGAUGGGCUCUGGAGCCAGCUGACAGGUGGUGUAGGGACCCAGAGCACUGAGCAGCACUUUCCAGGGAGGACUUUCCGUGUGGCUGAGGCUCAGUUGCUUCCCUGGUGGGAUGGAUAAAGCUUGGAGCCCUUGGGCUCGGUGGGCACUGGCAGUGGUUGUGUGGUGGGUGGUGGUGCUGUGGAGGGAGGGUGGUGCUCUGUGGGAGUGAAAAUGGCAUUGAGGGUGUUCCCGGUGGCCGUCCAUUCUACAGAUGGCAUGCUCCUGAUAAUUUUCAGGGUCCUGCAGUGGAGAGCCAUUUACCCCCAGCCCACCAUCUCCUCCUUUGAGAGCAUCCCAGUAACCAGGGAGGCCUGCAUCCUUGAGAAGCUUUGGCCCCUGGCACAGAGGUUUGGCAGCUGGUCCUUCCCAACGCAGGGUCUGGCCAACAGUGCCCUGCUCCACAUAGGUCUCCAUUAGUGUCCUGUCUGGCAUCCUAGCAGCAAAAACUCAUCUUCCUGCUCUAAGCCCACAGUAGAGUCCUGCUCAAAGACUACCUCCAUGCUCUGUGACCCAAAACCUCAAUUAAUGACACUGAAUCUUGACUUCCGGUUUGUUCUCCACCAUGCCAGAGGAUUGGACUGGGUGCACUUUAAAGAUCCCUUCCAGCCCAAACUAUUCCAUGAUUCUGUGGUGGUGUGAGUGUGCAGCCAUCCUGUUUAUUCAAUGGCAGAGGACUGAGUCUGUCCCAGAGGCUCGGAGACCCUGGUUACUGGGAGCUCAUUUGGCUGUCUCCAGUACUCCCAGUAACCACAAGCAUCAAGUCCCCUGUGCAAGCUCCAGUCUCCAGAUUUAUUUAAGAGGCCAAGAGGAGCUGGGCUGGUGCACAAUCCCUUGCCAAUUGCCCUGCCAAUCCUGUGGUUGCCACCAUGGGGGUCUGUGGCACAGUUUGGGGCCAGUGGGCAUGUGAGUGGCUGGGACAUUGUGAGGGCAAAAAUUUCAGGCAUUAUGGUGGCCCGAGGCAGCUGGUGCUUGGGCUUUGCUCUGUGAUAUUUGAAACCCCUUUUCCUUCUCUAGAUGUGGUACCUCGGUGGAAGUGGGGACCACUGAGCUGGGACCACCCAGCUCUGCCAGCCUCUCCCUGUGGAGCUUGCUGAUAGGGAACUACCCCUGCUUGUAUUUUCUUCUACAACAGGGAAACCCACCUGAUUGAUUCAGGGUAGCCAUGAGAUGGAAUCUUUUUGGACUUUAGCAGGCUUUAGCAGUCUCUCACAGGAUCCUUCUGGGCAAAAUGUCCAGCCUGCAGCUGGAUAAACACAUCAUGGGGUGGGUGAGUAACUGGCUCAUGGGUCAGGCAAAAGGGUGACAUCAGGCUGGCACUAGUCACUUUUGGGUUUCUGAAGGGCUCCAUCCUUGGCCUUGUGCUCUUCGACAUCUUCAUUAACAACCUGGAUGCAGGACUGGAAGGGAUACUAAGUCAAUUUGCUGGCAGCACUAAGCUGGGAGGAGCUGUCAACUCUCUCAAGGGCAGAGAGGCCCUGCAGAGAGACCCAGACAAAUUCGACAGAUGGGGAACCACCAACCAUGUGAAGUUUAACAAGGCAAGGUGGUAGAUUCUGCACCUGGGAUGAGGUGUAUGAACUGGGGAAAGAGGGUGUGGAGCAGCUGUGGAAGGGCCCUGGGGUAUCUGGUCCAUGGCCAAUUUGGAUCUCAGUCAGGCAGGAGGGAAAUCCCUGUUCUGGGGGCAUCAAGCCAGCUGGACCAGGGAGGGGAUUGUCAUGCUCUGCUCUGAGCUGAGGCAGCCUCACCUUGAGCCCUGAGGGCAGUUUUGCACACCACAAUAUAAAAAAGGCAUGAAGCUAUUAGAGAGUGAACAAAGAAGGGCUGUGAGGAUGGAGAAGGGUCUGGAGGGGUCUUGUGAGGAGUGGCUGAGGUCACUUGGUUUGCUCAGCUGGAGAAGAAGAGAGGGGAAACCUCUUUGUCAUCUUCAGCUCCUCCCAAGGGGGAGUGGAAGGGCAGGUACCCAUCUCUUCAUUCUUGUGACCAGUGACAGGACUGAAGGAAACAGUCGGGGGAGGAUUAGGUUGGAUGUCUGAAAAAGGUUUUUCUCGCAGGGGGUGGUCAGGCACUGCACAGGCUCCCCAGGGAAUAGUCAUGCUCCUGAGGCUGCCAGAGGUCAAGGGGCAUUUGAACAAUGCUCCCAAACACAGGGUGGGAUUGUUGGGGUGUCCUGUGCAGGGCCAGGAGUCCAACUCAAUGAUUCUGAUGGGCCCCUUCCAACUCAACCUAUCCUGUGAUUCUAAAGCCCAGGCUCUGGGAGUGAGUGGCUGGCUUGGACAGGGCUCUUGGGGCACAUCCUAUGGGGCUGUGCCAGAGAAAGGUUGAAUUCAUCUGGAGCCGGUUCAGAAUUCAUCUGGUGACCCCUCCCAGUGACCUGGCCAAGGGGAUGCAUGUUGGUGAGUCUGGUGGUCACAGCUUUGCCCAGGGGGAGAAUGUUCCCAGCAUGCCAUCUCUCUGUGUGUCUAGACUGUGGUUUUUGGAAAAGGGAGGUGGGCAGCACCUUGGGGAAGGAUCUGCUGUGGGCCAUGCCAAGCUGAGAGGGCUUUCCCUCUGAUCCAGGCUGCUUCCCCAUGGUGCCUGGCAGGGCAGGCAUAGGGGAUUCACCCCUCCUUCUGACUCUUCCUGAGCAGAGGAGCAGCUCUGUUUGUUUCUCCCAGCCCCGGAGCGGAGGAGCUCAGGGAGGGUGCAGCAGGGGCACGCCUGCCAUCCCCACAGCCUGGUUCAUGGCCCCUUUUCACUUUGGGAGGUUAAAUUAUUCCCCUUUUAAGUUGGAUGUUUUCCAUGGGAAGGUCUCAUGGAAGUCCCUUUCACAGUGCCGGUCCCAUGGGGCUGCUUACCCUGUGCCACCCCAGAGGGAUGCCAGGCACUGCAGGUGGAUGUGGCCCUGGCAAUGCCAUGGACAGCACCAGUACUGCUGGGAUGGGCUCAGGGAGCAUUCAGCAUCCUCAGCUCAGAGACCAUGAGCCUUUAAUGUGACAUUUGCACCUGAUGAAAUUGCACUAAUUGUGGGACCCCCUGGCCCCCACACGUGUCUCAUACCCGGCCAGAUGGGGACUGGAGGAGCCCCACACCCCGAGCAGGGGCUGGGGGCCUUUCCCAGUCACCCACAUUGUCCUCUUGUGGUACUGAAAGCAGAGCCCACCCAAUUGUCACCAUGAUUUGGAGAGCAGCAGCCCCAUCCCUCAUCCCUGCUGAGGACAUGGAGGGGGGCCAGAGUGCUGCUGCUGGUUCCUCUGCUCCUGGUGACGCCAGUAUUCAAGUUCGGGAUGUGUGGACUCCUGGCUCCCCUCAGCUUCCCCUUCCACAUGUAACAUUCCUGCUUCCAUUUUACUUUGAGGAGGGCUGUUCUUCCUGAUGGGUUUUUCCCUUUCUGUUGUUUUUUUUUUUUUGCAACUUCUUUGUUAACAUGUGUAUAUAUAUAUAUAGAUAUAUAUAUAUAAAAAAAUAUAUAAUAUAUAUACAUUACUGGGUAUGUCUGUGUGUGAAGGAGGCCAUAAGGUGAGGACAGUCCUGGGGUCUUCUUGAUGGCCAUCACAGGGUUCCCCAAACCUAGCAAAACCUAUGGCUGUGCAUGCACAGGAGCAGAGGGGAUUUGUGGUCCCAGCCAGCAGCAGCUUGCCUUGUGCUGGGCUCAGCCCAGCCUGCAGAGCCUGUGGGGUGGCCAGGCACAGGGGGUGCUAAAGCUCCAUCCAAAAACAUCUGUACACAUAAAUAUUGAGCACCCUGCUGCCAGCCCCUGGAUGAUGUCCCAUUAUCCAGGACACUGCGUGUGCCAGUCUGCCCUUUUCCCAGUCCUGGAUGGCCGCAGGGGUUCUGGACAUGUCUGAGUGCCAGCCAUGUCCAGGUGCUCUUCCCCCACCAGUGCCCUGGAGAUGGUGGGGAUGGAGCUGGUGCUGGGGUUAAGCUGGUGUGGGGCUGAGUGCUGGCCGUGACAGCCCCCCCUGCACAGAGCCCUGCCCUGCACAGGGACUGGCAAUGAACAGGGAGGAGCUUGGCAGUUCCCCUCUCCCAGCCCUGGGUGCACAUCCCUGGGCUCUCCCGGGGCCCCCCAGGCAGGACUGGCCUGGGGAGUGGGGAGAGCCCAUGCUGCAAUGGUGCCACUGGGCAGAAGCUGCUGAAGAAGGGGCACCGGGGGCAGCCUCAUGUCAGGGAGCACAGACACACAAACCUGCAGGAGAAAGAGUCCGUUUUUGGAGCACAAGUGCCUAAAAUAUUUAAGUGGAAAACAUACAGUGCAAACCAACACUGUGGAAUUAAGUAUUUCUUACUUUAUGCCUUUGCUCCAGGCUUUUCCUGUUAAAAAUAAACAACCAGCACAUGGAACCUGCCUGGAGGAUGAGUUGCUGGUUCUGCUAGGAACAAACCUGUGGCUUUUGUGUUGGUCAGAGCUCUGCCCUUGCUGUGGGCUGUCAGUGACACACAGCAGUGAUGGCUGGGUCUGGUGCUAGUGCUCCUGCUUCUGCCACAAAGAUCCCACUGCCCAGAGCCCCACUCUGAGGAGUGGGGAGCUGCAGUGGCCAGGGCCCACAGCCUCCAUUUCCAGACAUUUCAUUCCCUGGUCCAGAGACUGGCAGGGUAGCCCCAGAGCACUGCAGCUUGUCAGGGGAUUGUCCCAACCCCAUCCCCUUCAUCCGUCCCAUCCCUCUGCUCCAACCUGUCCCAUUUUGCUGCAUGCCCUGGGACUAGUGUGUGGGGUCUGGCAGGUAUCUGCAGGUGCUCCUGAGCUCUGGCCACUAGUCAAACAGAUCUGACAUGGUUGCCAAGAGCCAGAGGUGCCCCAACCCUGGUGAGCAGCCCCCGUGGCAGGAGAGACCCAGAGCCCUGCCACCCAGCCUGCCCGGAGCCCAGUGAGUACUCAGUGAGCAGCAAGGACACAACAGGAGCAAAAAUCUGCCUAUUCCCAGAUAUAAGGGCACACAGAUCCUCUCCUUUCAGCGUGGGAACCUUCUUUUCUUUUAAAUUGAAAAAUAAAACCUUGCAAAGAAGAAACAUUCCCCCACAAAUGGGCACUUGAACGGCAGAGGCUCGGUGUGGAGAGGUGAGGCACUGCUGGUGCUGCAGUCGGCCCACCCCAAAGUGCUGUGAGAACAGCCCAAUGCAGCCCAUCAGUCCCGGCUGAGCCUCUGCACCCUGCGGGGCUUCAUGGGGGGGGGGGGGCGCUCACCCUGGCUGUCACAACAGCUCAACAGCAUGGACCAUCUGCUCAGUGCAUCCAGAGCUUCCAGAAAGGCAGGAACUCUCUGUGGAUGUGUCUGACACGCUGCUCCCCCGUGCUGCUGGCAGGAUUCCUGCCUCGGUGGCUCAGGCUGGUCGUGGGCGUUGCUGUGGAUCACCAGGAUGGAUGCUAGCCCGGUGCCUGCAGAGCUGGCGUGGCUGGGAGGUGCUGGGACGGGCACGCCUUGGCAAAGCAGGGUCCCGGGGAUGCCGGGACUCAUACUCGCCCCAUCCCUCCCUCCUCCCUCCACCCCGAUGGAGUGACAGGAAGCUGCAGAGAUUGCUUCACUGUCACUAGAAUGACCGCAUUAGGUGGGGAAAUGAGUCCUGGGAGGGCAGGAUGCGUUUUCCUUGAGGCUUUCCAUAGGAGCACUUCAUUAUCCCUGAAAUCCAUAGGUUUCAUUAACCAGAAACCCAUCUCCAGGACAAACAGCAGCCCAAGGCAAGGCCCAAAGGGAUGAGGAGCAUUGGGACAGCAAAGACGGGAGCUCAUCCCUGUUGGGGCUGCGCAGGCUGGCUUGGCUCAGAGCCCACUUGGUGCCAGCCUGAGGAACGGACAUGACUGGGAGGUGCUGGCAAGGGAAGAGCAGAUGGUAAAGGAUCAGCCUGUACUGAGGUGGUGCCAGGGAAGAAACGUGGCAGUGUCACCUGUGUGUCCUCUGGCUGUGGCCAAAACUCCCUGAGAGCCACCCCCAGCGUGGCACUGCUCCCACGUUCCCUCCAGCCAGUGCCAAACACUGCUCCAGCCCUCGCCAGUGCUGGGGGUGGCCCAGGGCUCUCUGGCACAGCUCCUGGAAACCAGGGGAAGCUGGUUAAAGGAUGUCAUCCCUGGUCACCUCUUUGCCCGAAACAGCCAGUGACACAGCCAGUGCCAGCAUGAGCGUAGGAAGGAGCUCUUGCCUUUCUCUUCCUGCUUUGUCUGGUGCCUUUCCCUGUAAACCCCGGGUUUCUAGGAAACUGCAUCCCUCGUUGUGAAAGCCAAUUUAAAACCAUCACUCACGUGGCAGGUUGUUUCAUGGAAAGGAAAAGGCUGCUCUGACAUGAUGGAAUGAGCUUUGCUGCUGCUUUCGAGGAAUGUGCUUUAAACACAAGAGGUUUCAGCAUCACAAAUACUGAAAAUCAAACCAGAAAUGCAUUCCACAAGUCAGCCAGGAGGGAAAAAAGCAGAGUGUGGCAUGGGCUUGGGAAGGCUAACGGCAGGUUUUGACUGUAAGGUUGGUGUUGGAUUUUAAUUUCUUUUUUACUUUUAAUUUCUUCUGUAGUUCACGAAAUAGGAAAUUUUUAAAAUCCCUCCCUUGAGAAAGCUUAAAAACACACUGCCUGGGAGCCCUGAGGCUUCCCCCCUGCUCUGGGAAGCUGCAAAGUGAAGAGAUAAGAGAAAUCACUUUGUUUAUAUAACGAGUGACAUCAAGAUGUCUCAUCUGUCCUGUCUGCAGCAGCAAUGGCUCACAAUGGGCUGGGGUAAUCCUUACUGGGAAUACAUGCUACAGCUCUCCCAUCCAGGAAUGAAAAUCUCUUUAACUGGUGAUUUCACUCCAGGCUGGGGAAAAAAACCCAAUAGUUAAAUAAAUGGACAGAAAAGAAAAUUAUGCACUGACCUGCUCAUAGACUGCGCAGGGCAAAUGAGUUAGAGUCUGAGCUGGCCCAAAUUAAUCCUUAAUGGAACUUGAGAUUUUAAAUACUCAUCUGAAUAACCACCGCCUAAAACUGAUCAAGUGUCCUUGAUCAUUAGACUGAGCAUUACUUAAUAUUCUUGGUCUGGCUGGGGAGUGAUAGACAACACCUGGAAUGAGACCAGAAGCCUUCAUUGAAUAAUUCUGGGCUUUAGGACGUGAAAUGGAGGGAGGGAGAGAGGCAGGAGGGAGGUGAUGAGGACAUCAGUGCUUGUGUCUCAGACUAAAAAUGGCUGCAGGGGGAGUCUCAGGAAUUCUUCUCAGCUUCAGGAACCCAUCUUGAGUUUCAGGAACUAUCCUGAUCUCCAGGAGCCUGUCCUGAGUUGCAGGAACUGUCCUGACCCACCUGGAGCAGGCAGUUUGAGACUCCAGCCCUUCAUCAGCCCUUGCAAAUCCCACCUGGCCCUCUCCUGAGAAUAUCCCAUCCAGGCGCACCACUCCAUCCUCCAAGCUUCAGAGUCAGGCAGGAGCAGCACAGGGACUGUUAAUGGAAUUGGGUCCAGUUCUCCAUGGCAACGAGCAAGAACUGGGUCAGUGCAGGAUGCGAGGAGCCAAGCACUCCCAGGAGUUUUAAAAGUAAACACCAGCAGAAAUUAAGGCACAAGGAGCCAGGGGGGGACAAGGGGACCCUGGGACCCGCAGAGCUGCAGUAGAGCCCCCAUCACCACAUGUCACAAAGGGCAGUGGGGUCCCAGUCCUGCCCAGGGAGGGGGGCACAGGAAGGCUCCCGUGGGUACUUCUGCACAAGACAGCAGAUCCAGGGCUACACAGAGCAGGGGCUGCCUGGUCCCCAAGACACACACAGCCCUCCACAGCUACAGUGAGUAAUUGAGCCUCAAAACUUCCCUCAGCCACAGCCUCUCUGUUCCCUGUUCCCCACCGCUUUGAGCCAAGUGCCUUCUCUCCACAUGGCCCUUGCUCUCCUGCCUCGCUGGCUCUAAUUUGUCUCUGUUUAUUUACACAGGCAAGCAGUCUGACGUCCAUCACUGGGAUUCUCUGUGCAGAAGCUGUGUGAAAAUCCUCAUUACGGCUCCUUGCUGACAGGAGCUUUGCUGGGCUCCUUUGAUCAGCCAGAUGCUUGGGUGGAGCCUGGCUCUGUGCUGCAGCCGCUGCCUUUGCUCUUGUGCUCGGCAGCCAUGUGGCAGAGAAUCCACUGUGCCCCUGCCAGGGCACAGGUGCCUCUGCCACCACAGCCUGUCAGUAAUUACCUGAGUGAUGGGGCCAGUGCUGAGCUGUCUGGGCAGCAGCGAUGGGGGAAGUGGUUUGAGGGUGCUGCAGGGCAGAGCAGGAAGAACUGGAUGGAACUGGACAGAUGAAACUGGAUAAUUUUUAAGGUCCCUUUCAACCCAAACCAUUCCAUGAUUCAAGGAAGCUAAACACCACAACAGUGGGAAAAUUACCUGCAGAGUUUCCUCAAGGCCCAUCAGAGCCACGAAUUCAGCUGCCAUUUGUACUGAUGGUCAUGAGGCUCCAUCACCACCUUCAGCUGCUUUGACGAUUUAGCUGAUACCCGGGCUCUGAGCUUUCAUGUACCAAAAUAUAUGUCCAUCAUUUGGCAGACCUUUACCCUUCAUUUUUCAUUAAAAUCCAUCUGUUUGGUUCCCAGUGUGUCACCCUGAUGUGAAUAA